AUGAUGAUGAUGAUGAUAAGGCCUCCUCCUCACCACAGAAAGAGACGCGUUCGCCAAAAUCGGUUUGUGUUUAGCACAUACCUCUUUGUGAGCAGUACUGUUGCUAAACACUAUAUGGAGAGACCAUGGCUUAAUGCGCAGCAGAUAGAUACGUAUGGGACAUGCUUUCCUCGUGGCACGCCCUUGGAUCUCGGGUGGUGUCGUCCAUGUGUAGGAUACGUUAAGUGUAAUGUGAAUGCUGAUUGGAGAAAUCCAGAGGCGAUGAGUGGGGUAUCUUGGAUUGCUCGUGAUUGCUGGGGUAGGGUUCUAUACCAUGCAAGAGAAGCUUUUACGAAGUCACGAAACAGGAUCGUUGCUGAGCUGCGGUGUAUCUUGUGGGCGGUUCAAAGCUUACGAGAUCUUCAUGUGGGUAGGAUGAUAAUCUCAUCGGAUUGUCAAGCUGCGAUCGCGGCCUUGGAUAAGCCGUGGAGAUGGCCUCAGUAUUGGGAAUUGCUGGACGCGAUUCGCAGAACUGUUGUUGAAUCAUUAUCAAUUGAAUCUAUCACUUAUGAGGUGGUGUCUUGUCACUCUAAUACCAUUGCAAGGGACAUUGCGUAUAGUGUUGUGAAGGAUGGUCGUUACCAUUCGUACCUUGCUUCUGAUGGACCGAGUUGGCUUUCUCAUCGAAUACGCAGUGAGGCGCAACCGCGCUAUGUGUUUAGGUUUAUUCCCUAUAGAUAAUUUUGUCUCUCUUGUUUUUGUUGUUUUGAGUGAUUGGAACCGAGUUGUCUCUCUUGUUUUGGUUAAUUAUGUAAGAUCAUUACAUUUUCAAUUUACAAAUUAUAUGAAGUUAUUUUAUUUUUCCAUUGUAAAAAAAAAAAAAAUGUUUUAAUUGUUUAAAGAAUUUGGAAAGGAGCCUACUGUGACACGUGCAAGUUCGUCUCUUACGACAUUUUUUAUUUUGUUCAAUAGAAGAGGAGGAGGUCACACGUCACAAGGUCCGCUUACGAUGUUACGGGAGAUACUCGUCGCUAUGUCAAUAUCUCCGUAUUUCGUGUUCAUCUGGUUCAAUUCCGCAAACCCUAAAUGUCAGAAAUUGCGGUUUCGUUAAUCGCGUGUACUCAGAUUUCAAUGUUGAGUCGAUGUGGGAGGAGGAGAAGACGGUAUUGGUGUCUCGGAAUUCGAAAAAAUUUGAUAGCUACGAAGACGUCGUUACCCAGAACAUGUU